AGAAAAUUCAAUACAACCGGUAUCAAAUAAUCAUCCCUAAAGCCAACCAAUGGGCACGCUCUUAAAGAACCUGUAUACAAAAAUGUUUUGGUGACCCGACCCGAUCUUCAUGUGUAAAAAAAGUAAUCAUUUAGUAAUUCUUCCUAGGUUUCUGUAUGUAGGAGGGUUUUCACUUUGCAUUCUUCAGGCUAAAUAUAUGGAUUCUGAGUUGGUAACACACAGUGGUGGAUGCCACUGUGGACGUGUGAGGUGGCGAGUUCGAUCACCGGUUAGUGUAACAGCCUGGCAGUGCAAUUGCUCAGACUGUGCCAUGAGAGGAAACACUCAUGUUAUUGUACCUUCACAAAGAUUCGAGCUUUUAGAAGGCUCGAAAGAGUUCCUGACCACCUACACUUUUGGGAGUCACACAGCGAAACACACCUUCUGUAAGGUGUGUGGGAUAACAUCUUUUUAUACGCCUAGGUCGAACCCGGAUGGAAUCGCGAUUACAUACAAGUGUGUUGAUCCUGGAACACUGACCCAUGUGGAGAUCAAGCAUUUUGAUGGGUUGAAUUGGGAGAAAUCGCACAAAGCAACUGGCAUUUCUUCGUGUUCUAAGGAGUAAAAUAAUUGUAUAACUUCUGUAUUUUUACAUGUUGUUAAGUACAAUUGAUUGGUAACAUGUUUUGUAACUUAUUAUCCACCUGAAAUUGUUUAUAUUAUAUGUAAUGCUUUACAAAGAUUCACGGAAGCCAAAAAUGGGUAUUUGUUGAAGUCCUAUUUGGCUUUUGGCAAUCGAACCUUUCGAUAAGGAUUAUUUGUUAGGUGUGUAUUGUAGUUUGCUUACGGGUCAAGAAAGAAAUACAGUUCAUUUGGGAAUCA